CGUUGAAAGCGGCAUUCGCAUGUGCCGGGGCCAAACAAAUAAUUUAAAAGAACAGCGGCAUAUAUUUUGGCAUUGAUUUACAACUGCGUGAAAGCGUCAGGCAAUAUUAAAAUGAGUUCGCUAGUUGCCUGCAGAGAACAGCGAGUGUGUGUAUACAAAUUGUUAAGAUCAUUGGGCGCGUUUAGGAUCGCUGUCAAACGGCAAUGGUGACGUCACGUGCUACUUCUUUUCUUGAGUAACGCACCUGCACAGACUUGAACCUAUGCCAUGAGGCCGUAGUUCAGGUCUCCAGGAUUCUAUUUGGAUAACUAAAAGGAAAACAUUCGCAUACCAUGAUUCGAAGUCGACCAACUUGCUGACAUAUAAUUAAGAUAUAAAACAACAAUUUGCGGCAUGUCAUUAAUUAAUUAGAGCAACAACAAUGGACUGAUGCGAACAGUUGUUGCCAAUGUCUGCCAAAAAACAAAACAAAAAGAAAAUUAAAAAGAAAAGAACGAAGCAUGCAACAGCAACAUAAACAGCCCAGUGGCAACAAAGGCAGCAACAAAUUAUUUGCUACAAUUGAGCAAUUUGCUAGCUCUUCGUUACAUAUAGGCAAUAUUAAAAAUAAAGUACGAGCGCCCAGCGAAAAGGCAAGAGCACAUCACCUGGUCGCCCCGCCCAGAGUGCAGCUAAUCGACUAGGAAUCCCGUUUAGAAGAUGAACAAACGCGGCAUCAUCAUUUUGUGCAUCAUUGCCACGCUGCUGUGCAUUGGUCUCGGCGCCAACUUCUACUUCAUGUACUACCUCAAUGCCGAGGAGGGGCAGCUGGCGAGCGUGCGUGCCCUGGAGAACAUGAUCCGGCACAAGAUACGCCACCUGAAGCCGGCCUAUCUGAAUCGCAAUCCGCGCUUUUUUAUGUUUCGCAACAAACUGCUGAAGAACUACAAACAGUCAGCAUACGAGAAUGCCAGCGUCCUCUGGGAAAUUGCCAAUUGGUGGCCGCACGAAAACGAGAUAUAUCCAUUGUAUGACUCCUCCAUGGGUCAGCUGCUGAAAACGCUGCGGGAGGAGCCCAUAACACGAGCCAGCAACCUGGCACGCGGCACACAGCUGAAGCUGCUGUUGCGUCUCAGCCAGCAACAGAAGGUGAUCUUCAAGCCACAAUGGUAUCCGCGCGACAUUGUGAUCGAGGGAGUCGUUUACAGUGGAAAAGAUCGUCAUGUGGCAGAAGUGUAUGCAUUCUAUUUGGGCGCUGUAUUGGAUCUACGCUGGACGCCUAUUGUAGUGGGUCGUGUGGUGAAUCUCAAGGAUGAGAUCUAUGCACAUGGCGAUCAAGAGCUACAGAAUACAAUUAAAAUUGAAGUGGACGAUGAGGGCAAAGAGACAUAUUGUUUGUAUGGCAAAUGCCACUAUUGCAACGAGGAGGAGACCAUCUGCGGCGAUGAGCAGCAUAACAUUGAAGGCGUCAUCAUUUACAUCGUGCCUGGUACGUUAGCUAAACGCCGCUCGCCCUGGCAGCGCACCUACAAGGAGGAUAAACGUGCCGUCUGGGAGGAUGACAUGACCUACUGCAAAGCGCUCAAAAACAAAAUGGAAACUAUUCGCCUGCUGGACCUCAUAGAUGUGGCCAUUUUCGACUAUCUCAUACAGAAUGGGGAUCGUCAUCAUUAUGAAACACGGGAGGAGCGCGUAGUGCUCAUCGACAACGGCAAGUCAUUUGGUAAUCCCUAUAAGGAUCAUCUGGAUAUUCUGGCACCGCUCUAUCAGUGCUGUCUCAUACGUAAAUCCACCUGGGAUCGCUUGCAGGUAUUUUCCGGCGGCGUACUAACCGAAAUAGUUGAUCGCCUAUCCAAACAGGAUGCUCUCUAUCCGCUCAUCACAGACAAGCACAAACGUGGCGUUGAACGAAGAUUACUUGUUGUAUUUGCUGUUGUGGAGUACUGCAUGGAUAAGGAGGGUGACAAGAUGUUUAAAACGCUCUAGUUCUAGUACCUAUUAGAUAAGGCCUAGGUUGUUAUUAGUUUUAGUAAGCAGCUUGCCAAAUCAAGUGCCAAAAUAU